AUGUCUAAGAUUACCGUCGCCGGUGUGCGUCAGAACGUCGCUGAGCUCCUCGAGUACAGCAACGAGACGAAGAAGCGCAACUUCCUGGAGACCGUCGAGCUCCAGAUCGGCCUGAAGAACUAUGACCCCCAGCGUGACAAGCGUUUCUCGGGCACCGUCAAGCUGCCCUCGGUCCCCCGCCCGAACAUGAGCAUCUGCAUUCUGGGUGACCAGCACGAUAUCGACCGUGCCAAGCACGGCGGUGUCGAUGCCAUGAGCGCCGACGACUUGAAGAAGCUCAACAAGAACAAGAAGCUCAUCAAGAAGCUGGCUCGCAAGUACGAUGCCUUUGUCGCCUCCGACACCCUGAUCAAGCAGAUUCCCCGUCUGCUGGGUCCUGGUCUGUCCAAGGCCGGCAAGUUCCCCACCCCCGUCUCGCACGCCGACGACCUCAGCGCCAAGAUUACCGAGGUCAAGUCGACCGUCAAGUUCCAGCUGAAGAAGGUGCUGUGCAUGGGUGUCGCCGUCGGCAACGUCGGCAUGACACCCGACCAGCUGAUUGCCAACAUCAUGUUGGCCAUCAACUACCUGGUUUCCCUGCUCAAGAAGGGCUGGCAGAACGUUGGUAGCCUUACCAUCAAGGCUACCAUGUCGCCUCCCAAGCGCAUCUACUGA